CCGACACCAGCGGCCGCUCGGCGCCUCUCGGGAUGAGCCGCUGGCGCUGCCCAGGGCUCGGCUGCCGGGAGAAGGGGGCGGAACCUUUGUGCGGCGGAACUGAGAAUGAAAUAAACGAGGUUCCUUUCUUUGAUAUCCAGCUGCCUUAUGAACUGGCAUUAAAAAUUUUUCAGUACCUGGGAAGGACUGAGCUGGGCAGGUGUGCUCAGGUGAGCAGGACAUGGAAAGUACUUGCAGAAGAUGAAGUGCUUUGGUACAGAUUGUGCCAACAGGAAGGGUACCUGCCUGAUGCCAGCAUCUCUGAUUGUUCCUGCUGGAAACUUGCCCUUCAAGACUGCCGUGCCAAAGAGCGCACUUUAAGAACCAAUUGGAAGAACCGCAUCGGUGCCGUGAGCCAGCUGCAGUAUGAGUUGGGUAAAGUUUUGUGUGAUGUGCAUUCUUGUGAUGGAGUUGUCAUUGCUGGAUAUACAUCAGGAGAUGUGAGGUUGUGGGACACCCGCACCUGGGACUACACGGCCCCCAUCCUGGAACCAGUGCAUGGCUCUGCUGAUCCUGGACCCCAGCCACAUGUCUCCUUUGUGAGGAUAAACAGUUCUCUGGCUGUAGCGGCUUAUGAGGAUGGGACUGUUAAUGUUUGGAGUCUCAUGAUAGGGCGUGAACCUAUCCAUCAUUACCAGCACAAUCAAAGGAUACAGGCUUUGGCCCUUGGCUUGGAGGGUGCAGCCAUAGCAACUGCAUCUGGCUUCCAGGUCAAGGUGGAAAGCCCUGAUGACAGAGGAUACUGGCAAACUACUGCACAGUUUGAAAUCCAGAAAUUGGUCAACUUUCUCCACCUGGUUCCAGAUGUUGUUGGGAGUCCAGUGACUAUAGCAGCUGCUGAAGAUAUGGUCUACCUCCUGAAAGCAGAAGAGUCGGGCAAAGUUCUCCAUUCUGUAUAUGGCCAGCCAGUCACAUGUCUAGAUGUAUCUCCCAGUGAGGCAGCCUUUGGAGUAAAGGGCUUUGGCUGGCUGUUGAAUGAGACCAACAAGAUACUUCUCUACAACCUGGAAACAGGUCAGUGUCUAACAAAGCUAGGCAGCUCGUUGGGUGACUUCACGUGUGUCAACCUCCAGAAUAGUCCUCCGUGGAUGCUUGUUACAGGCAAUAAAGACAGGAGGGUCAGGGUAUACGACCUCCGCAGAAGCAAAUCUUUGUGCUCCCUCUAUGCCCACCAUUUAGGAGUGUCUGCCGUGCAGAUGGAUGACUGGAAAAUUGUCAGUGGAGGAGAGGAGGGUCUGGUCUGCGUGUGGGAUCAGCGGAUGGGCACCAAGCUGUGGGAAAUGCACGCCAGACACCCAGUCCGUCAUGUUUGGUUCAAUACUCACAGCCUCAUCACAGCAAACAUCCCAGAUGAGAAGAACCCCCGGGGUGCCAGCAUCAUGGAUGAUGACCUGACAGCUCACCGUAGGCAUCGAGGAAUCAUCUACGCCUAUGAAUUCUCAGUGCACCAGUUGGCUCAAGAGAGUGUCCUUCCUAUUUGCCGCUCUUCCUAUGACGAAGAGACUGGUUACAACUACAACAUUGGCCUUGCUGUCCCCUAUGACAACAUUUUGGUAACUUAGGAAUGGUUUUUCCUUGGUUUUCUGUGGUCCAGUCCCCUACCAACCACCGUGGAGCAGAAAGGAAACUGGGAAUCACAAGAGGUGAUUACUAAAGAUUGCAUUGACUUGUUCCAACACAUUUAGUGGGCUGGGCUCUUGCUGAAAACUGAAGGCAUAGGCAAGAGCAGAUUCUGAGGCUGCCCCCAAAUGUAUCACUCAAACAUACUGAUGAUCCAAAAUGACCUUUGAACCUUCGCUCUGGUCAGUGGAGAUUGAAAAAUGAGUGGGAGACUUAAACUUGGGGAAAUGGUCCAUUCCCACUGCUCACAGGAAGAGUGUUGGUGACCUCAUUCUCGUGGCAGAUGGAUGUGCCAUGGUGGGGGAAAGGAGAACCCUGAGUGGCAAAGUGAAAGAGAAUUGAUACUUUCUCGACAGGAUGAUAAGGGCACAGAGGAGUUCAAGCAUUCGCAGAUGCUUGGCUGUCCUGAGAGAAAGAAACAAGAACUGGGAGCAGAUCUGCUGCAGAGCCACAAGCUUGGGAUCUCUUUCCUGCAUAACAAGCUGCCAGUUCUUGUCUCCCUGCAUGUGCUGCAGGCAGGGCAUGUCCGGAAGUCUGCAACAGAAUGAAGCACAAUGCGCUCUGCAUAGGAGGCAGCUUGCUCUCAUCCAUGCCCGAGUGGCUUGGAAACUAAGCUGGCCAAACACCUCAGAAUUAUUUUUUUAAAUAAGUUUUAAUUUUUAAAAAUCUCCGAAUCUAUACAUUAAAGGUUCAUAAAUGUUUGUUAUUGUAAGGACUUUCCUCCUUACAGAUUUUAGGUUGGGCUAAUCCCUGUGCAGAGGUACAAGGCUGGGCAGUGCCUUGUAACUGAACUGCAUCCUUCCACUGUCUCGUAAGUCGUUUUGAUUCCAGGUUGUCUCUAAUAAUGAUUCUAUGAACCUUCUUAUAAUCACUGAGAUAACAUGAUCUUUGAGCCCGAUCGUGCCCAUUUAGCAAAGUAGAGAGGUCGGAGCUGCCAAAUUAGGUGACUAUACAGGUUCUGUCUUGCAUCCUCUGGGCGUGAUUAACUCGUGUUGACUUCUUUGAAUUGUACAUGGCUGCGUCCGACUCUUGAUAA